GAAGUUUCAGCAGUGGCCCACGAACACGACUCUGCCGUCCCUGUGAGCCCACAGAUCCAACUGAAAAUAUGUCUGGCCUAGCUACGAUCUUGCGACCCCACGCACGGUCUCUGACGUUGGCGAAACGGUUCACGCGAAAUGUAACCCUUCGUCGCCAUGUUCAUCCACUUGCGGCAGACUGGUCAACUCCGCCUUCAUUACCGCCAUCAAGUGCAUCAUUGGUGCCAAUCGUUAUUGAACAGACAGGAAGAGGCGAACGAAGCUAUGACAUCUUCUCGCGGUUGCUCCGGGAGAGAGUAAUCAUGCUUUAUGGGCCCAUCAGGGAUACCGAUUCCGCUUUGAUUGUCGCGCAACUACUCUUCCUUGAAGCCGAGGAAACCUCAAAACCUAUUCACCUCUACAUCAAUUCUCCGGGUGGGAGCGUGACAGCUGGCUUGGCGAUAUAUGACACAGUGAAGUACGUCUCGUCGCCUAUACACACGUACUGUGUCGGCCAGGCUUGCUCCAUGGGGUCGCUUCUCCUAGCAGCGGGCGAGAAAGGCAAACGCCACGCACUUCCUUACUCUACAAUCAUGAUACACCAGCCGUCCGGUGGCGCCUCUGGCCAGGCGUCCGAUAUCGCGAUCCAUGCCAAGGAAAUUCUCCGUAUUCGGAAUUUGCUUACCAACGUCUAUCAACGGCACUGUGGUAAAGACGGCGAGAGCGUGGAAGACGGCGUGGAGCGUUUCGAGAAGGCCCUUGAACGAGAUACGUUCAUGACCGCUGAAGAAGCGCUCGACUUUGGCAUCGUCGACAGCGUAUUGGAGAAGCGUCCUAAGCUUGAUAGUUCAAUCUAAUGCUUCGUCUAUGAAUAUCAGAGUUCUUUUUGAGCUCAUGAACAAUCCCUGGC